AGGGGCCAUUCAAGUCAGUCGUCCUCUGAGCACAAUGGUGCAGAGUCUGGCCCUCACGAGCCUCAACCUGGGGUUGAGGCUCCUGCUCUCCCAGAGCCCUCACCUGAAGGCUCACACCUCCCCCGUGGACCAUAACAACGUUACCAAGGCUACUGAAUAUUUUCCCACCAGCUCCACACACGGCUAUGACAACAUAGAAGCUAUAGAACAGGUUUCCACCAGUGUCACAGACGGCUAUGACAACAUAGAAGCUAUAGAACAGGUUUCCACCAGUGUCACAGACGGCUAUGACAACAUAGAAGCUAUAGAACAGGUUUCCACCAGUGUCACAGACGGCUAUGACAAUACAGAAGCUAUAGAAGAGGCUUUAGUCAAUAUCACAGACGGCUAUGACAUCAUAGAAGCUAUAGAACAGGUUUCCACCAAUGUCACAGACGGCUAUGACAUCAUAGAAGCUAUAGAAAAGGCUUCCGCCAAUAUCACAGACGGCAAUGACAACAUAAAAAAAACUACAGAAAAAGUUUCCACCAGUUCUACAGACGGCUAUGACACCAUCAAGGCUACAGACAAGGUCAUAUGGAUCUUACAGAAUGGACUGUCACCCGAGACACCUCUCGCAGAAAAUCUUCUCCACGCCGUCCUUCUCAGUCAGUUAGAGAACAGCGGAGUGUUGAUAGACUUGACCCAGGCCUUCACUGCGCUCGCCAAAGAUGGUGAAGCCAAGGCCAGCCUUACCCAACAGCUGCUACGGGAUGUUGAAAGGCUGGAACAACAGGUUCUCCAGCAGGAGGCCGACGCCCAGCAGUUGAGAGAGCAGCUGCUACUGAAGGAACAGUCACUCGAGGAGCAAGAGCAAGCUGUGAAACAUGUGGCCGGAACAAUACAACAGCAAGACGCGGCUCUCCUGGAAGAGGAAAACUUAGUUAACCAAAUGAUGGAAGAGAAACUGGUGCUGGAGACGGAGCUAGCGAGUCAGGCGGGAGAGAUGUUAGUGGUGGUGGAGGAGCUCCGUCACGUCAAGGAGGAGCUCCGUCACGUCAAGGAGGAGCUCCGUCACGUCAAGGAGGAGGAACAACAUCAGGCGACAGCUGUUGAAACAAAGUUACGAGCAGUUGAAGAGAGUGAGGCCAGAUGUGUGACAGAGUUGAAAUCCAUGACACAGCACAACGCAGAAGCGAAUCUCAUGAACCAUAUCCUCCGGGCUGACAAGACCAACCUGGAGGAAGGACUACUGAUGUGUCAGCGCAGUUUACAGGAGGCUACCACGCACAGGCACCACAGGGACCGGGAGAGGCACCGUCACGGCUGGCACCGCGGGAGAGGCUGAGCCAACACGGCCAAGGACUGCAACACGACCAUAGGACUGCAACACGGGCCAGGACUGCAACACGGCCAUGGGACUCCAACACGGGCCAGGACUGCAACACGGGCCAGGACUGCAACACGGGCCAGGACUGCAACACGGGCUGGCCGGAGGAGCAGCCUGCACACCUCACCAGCCUGGCCACACACCUCCACGUCUAGGCAGCCACCGUGAAGGAUUGCUCCGUCACACACCUGAGAGUUAUCAUUAACGACAUACAUAAAUGGUCUUGUUGAUGUUCUUGUUCAUCUUGUAGCUGUUGUACGCCUAUAACUACCAUAGUUAGAGUGACGUGUAGGAGGCAAGGAGAGCGUUCCUUACCCCUAUAAAACUUAUUCCCUUCAAAAUUAAAAUAUCUUUAUUUAGUUACCAUAUUAUUUAAUUCAGUUAUAUAUAUAACAUUCUGCAUUUGUAUUAGAGAUUUCAAGCAGUAUUUACCAUGUGAAACUCGGCCGUCACAUCCACAACAUUAACAGUCGUCUCGUCCGACCUCUUGCUCAGCACAUGACACGUCACUGCCAGACGUAAGAUAAAACAAAUAAUGUAACUUGUGUUACUUCCCGUUUUCCCAAACCAUCUAAAUAUGGCUCAGAUCAACCUAACCUGUUGUGGGAAGCUUUCUGCUGCUGGAAUGUUCCCCCGUCACUAAUAUUUAUAAUGAUCACAGAGUGUAAAUCUCUUGCAUCUCUUUUUGCAAGAGAUUUGGACAAUGUAAACACAGUGUCCUGGUACCCCCCCCCCCCAGCAAAUAAUGGAAGGGGCUGGCAGCACCGUAGUAUUACCAGUUUAUUAUAAUAAUAAUUCACUGUGUUGGGGGGACAGGCAGCCAGUGUGUAUUCGUACACGUCAUUCAAAACGGGAAUUUUCUCAAAUAUAAAUUAAUAUUAUAAUAUAUUAGCAUAUUGUGUAUA